CCGUCGGAGGACCUCACUCAGGGUUUUUGGCUUUGAUUUAUCACCAUCUGCUCAACGACAAACCAGUCAACCAGUUUUCCAUAUGGAUUUUGGGUGGAGUUCGGAUAGUGAUGAUGUUCAGAUGGUAACGACUAGAAACUGUCCACAAGUUGUAAAUGAAACUGUUGAGGAUGAAACUGUGGAUAAUCAAUGUGAUGUGAAUUUGGGAGAUGGAUUGAAUAUGGGAGAUGGCGUGAAUUUGGGAGAUGGUGAUGGAGAUGGAGUGAAUAUGGGAGAUGGAGAUGGAGUCAAUGCCAUUUCCACUUCUAGUAGUGGACUUUUUGAACCGUUCAUUGGGAAGGAAUUUGAUGAAGUUGAGGAUGCCCAAGCAUUUUAUAAGGCUUAUGCAAGACGAAAAGGUUUUGCAAUUAGGACCAACCAUACACAAUUAUCGAGAGGAGACAAAAAAUUAAUUAGUGUGCACUAUGUUUGUACAAGGGAAGGAUUUAGGCGUGAAAGUCUCAAACAAAAAGAAAGACAAAUUCCCGAACCAGCUGAAACAAAAAUUGGGUGUAAAGCUACCAUGUGUAUAAAAAAAGAUGGUGAAAGGUGGGUAGUUUGCAAGUUUUACCCUCAACACAAUCAUGAGCUACUCACACCAAGAAGUACCAGUAUGCUACGUGGACAUAGAGGAGUUACACGCGUGCAAAAAAAUCUCAUUCAGACAUUGAAUGAGUCUGGUGUACCGACAAGGAAGAUAAUGUCGGUGUUAAGUAAAGAAGCAGGUGGUGAUUUUAAUAUUGGUUGUAUUGGAAAGGACGUCGAAAAUUAUUUGGGAAAUAAAAGAAAAAAAUUGUUUGAAGAGGGAGAUGCACAAAGGUUGUAUGCAUACUUUCUUGAACGACAGUGUAAAGAACCUGGGUUUGUGUACUCAAUGCAGGUCGAUGAGAAUGGGUGUAUGGGAAGCUGUUUUUGGGCAGAUGCUAGAUCUAGAUCUGCAUAUCAAUAUUUCGGAGAUGUCGUCACAUUUGAUGCGACAUACCUCACAAAUGUUUAUAAGAUGCCAUUUGUGCCGUUCUCAGGAGUUAAUCAUCAUCACCAAACCAUAAUGUUUGGUUGUGUGUUGUUAGUAAAUGAGACAGCUGAAUCCUAUAUAUGGUUACUGAGAACAUGGCAGGAAGCAAUGCUUGGGCGUGCCCCUGCAACCAUUAUUACUGAUGAUGACAAAGCAAUGGCCAAAGCCAUUUCAGAGGUACUCCCAAAUACAACUCACCGGUUAUGCUUGUGGCAUAUUUUACAAAAAUUUCCAGAACAUUUGGCACAUGUCUAUCACAAAUUUCCAGACUUGCAAAAAGAGUUUCAUCAUUGUAUCCAUGAUACUAUAACGGCUGAUGAGUUCGAGGAGGAAUGGGUUUCAAUACUAGUGAAGUAUGAUCUAGUAGGUAAUGAUUGGCUCCAAAAUCUUUACAACCGAAGGGAGAAGUGGGUCCCGGCUUACUUGUGCAUGACAUUUUGUGCCGGGAUGUCAACCACACAAAGGAGCGAGAGCAUGAAUAAAUUCUUCAAGGAUUAUGUGCGAUCAAGCACGAUGGUGAGUGACUUUGUGCAUCAGUACGAGAAAGCCUUAGAUGCACGUUAUUUUAAGGAAAAAGAGAAGGAUGUGAGAACAAAGUCGAGUAGGCCGGUUUUGAAAACAUGUUGGGAAAUUGAAGAAGAGGUAGCCAAAGUGUAUACAAGGAAGUCCUUCGAUAUCUUUCAAGACGAGCUAUUCAAUUGCCAACGAUACAAAGCAACAAAGAUUCAGCAAGAGGGUGAGAGUAAAAUGUAUGAGGUGGCACCUAAGGGCAAGGACAAACGUAUCUAUUAUGUGACUUUCAACUGUAAAGAAGCGAAGAUCGAUGGACCAUCAAUGCUAAGAGUCGAGCUAUCCUUGAAAUACCAAAUCCCCGAGGGGCAUGUUUCAACACAAGAAGAUCCGAUAAUGCGAAAAAGUCAUUUGAUGAUGAAGUUUUACGAUAUUGCUGAACUUGGGUCACAAUCAAGGUUUAAAAUGGACCAUCUUUCUCUUGCCUUGGACAAGGUACACAAGGAGUUGCUUCUCAUGGAUAGUAUUGAAGAACAAAAUUUGGAAGGCGGAGAUAUGUCACGUAACGAUCCCCCUGUGUUAAAUUCACAAGUAAUAUCAAAUUUUUCGCAAACUAUACAAGAUCCUCAACGGGUAUCAACGAAAGGAAGACCAAAAUCUUUGAGAGCAAAGAACCCAAGAGAGACUCAAUCAGUGAAGAAAAGGCGUUGUAGCAUUUGUAAGAUUGAGGGUCAUACCAAGAACAGCUGUCCUUUAUUGGGGGAUGUUGGACAUGUAAAUGACAACAUGUCACAAAGGGUGAAUCUUGAUGAAGAAGAAAUGGCUGGUUCCGAUAAAUGCAUUGUUUCCAUGGGCAUAAUGUUGGAGAUGUUGAAUUUAUGGGCUUAA